CUAUGUGUGUGGCUAACCAUUUAUCUCUGUGCUCAGGAGGUUGUCAUCCUCAGCUCUCGGGGAAGCAGGAACACAUAACAUACUCCUCCUGAACUCUCUAGGGCAGUCAUAGCCCACCCGCAGAGUGCUCAAGGGUCUUCCCCUUUUAGAAGCCUGGGUAUUUUAAUGGGACCUCCCACCUCUGUAAACAAUUCUCUGCCACCCCUCUUUCGACUCCUCCUCAAAGAUGUGACAGCUACUACUCUCCAUUUGCAUCUUGCCAGCCGGCAGCUCCAGGUUUCGGAUCUGGACUCCAGCCCUUACAGCGGCUACUCCCCGGAGGGCCAGGCCUUUGGGACUGGAGGGAAAGGGACUGUGUACCUUUAAGGGGCUGGUCCUGCGGGAGCGCGGUGUUUGUUGGAAGCCGCUUCCUCUUGGGCCAUUCAAGAUCCCAAAUUCUUCUGCUGCUUCGGACCUGGACAGCCUGUGGCCCCAAGCGUUGGAGCCUUCGAAGAGCUUUCUGGGGACGUUUUCCCAGGGCCCAGACUCAUCUAAGACACCCUGGCACUGCCACGAUCCCGGCCAGGAUGAGCCUGCUGUUCCUUGUCCUUCUCUCACUACUUUCCUACGUUUUGGGACUUCCAUUCUACAAUGGCUUCUACUAUUCUAAUGGUCUACAUGGCAGGACCCUGGGCAAUGGCUACGGGGAAGGCCUAUUCAAUGGUGUGAGGUUAGUGGUGGAGACGACGGAGGAGUCCCUGUUCAGUCACCAAGGAGCCAGCGUGACCCUGCCCUGCCGCUACCACUAUGAGCCAGCCCUGGCAUCCCCGAGACACGUGCGUGUUAAGUGGCGGAAGUUGUCAGAGAACGGAGCCCCGGAGCAGGACGUGCUUGUGGCCAUCGGGCAGAAGCACCGCUCCUUUGGGUACUACCAAGGGCGAGUUCAACUGAGGCAGGACGAGCAGCAGGACGUCUCGCUGGAGCUUCGAGACCUGCGGCUGGAGGACUCCGGGCGCUACCGCUGCGAGGUCAUUGAUGGCCUGGAAGAUGAGAGUGGCCUGGUAGAGCUGGAGCUUCGGGGCGUGGUUUUUCCCUACCAGUCCCGUGAAGGGCGCUACCAGCUCAAUUUCCACGAGGCCCAACAGGCCUGCCAGGAGCAGGGUGCUGUGGUAGCCAAUUUUGAGCAGCUUUUCCGAGCCUGGGAGGAAGGCCUAGACUGGUGCAAUGCAGGCUGGCUGCAGGAUGCCUCUGUGCAGUACCCUAUAGCAUUGCCCCGGCAGCCCUGUGGAGGCCUGGGUCUGGCACCUGGUGUUCGCAGCUAUGGCCAGCGCCACCACCGCCUGCACCGUUAUGACGUCUUCUGCUUUGCUGCUGCCCUCAAGGGGCGGGUGUACUACCUGGAGAACCCCAAGAAGCUGACGCUGCCGGAGGCCAGGGAGGCCUGUCAGGAAGAUGGUGCACAGAUCUCCAUGGUGAGCCAGCUCUUUGCGGCUUGGAAGUUCCAUGGCCUGGAUCGUUGUGAUGCUGGCUGGCUGGCAGAUGGAAGUGCCCGCUACCCCAUAGUUCACCCUCGACUCAACUGUGGCCCCCCUGAGCCUGGAGUACGGACCUUUGGCUUCCCAGACCCCCAAACCCGCUAUGGUGUCUACUGUUAUGUCCAGCAUUAGCAGGGUGGCUAGCUGUACAUCUGCCCUGCCCCGGACUUCCUGGGUUGAGUGUGUAUCAGGUGGACCAUUGUCCCUUGUGGGUUGGGGGAUUGCUUGGAUAGUUUUUAUAUUUCCCAACUUAAACGUUUAAAGGUAUUAUAUUAUUAUUAUUAUUAUUAUUAUUAUUAUUAUUAUUAUU